AUGGAUAAAACUGAAAAAAAGGAAAAAGAUACGACCAAAACAGCGAUUCCAACUGUGGCUCCAGUACCAGAGGUGACUGUCAAGACUUCUCAUGGGUACUUCCACGGUCAUGAAUGUCAUUUGAGUGCAGACAAACUAUCUGAGUACGACUUGAAGUGUAAGGGAGUCCGUAAAUGGCUGUUCAACAUUAUCACAGUUCAUGCCGGUGAUAUAAGGGCUAUCAAUAUGCACAGGUCGUACGCGGCGUUGUGUGAGGAGAAGCAUCGUCACUACCAGCAUUAUCCUUACACCAUACACCCGUAUAGCAAGCUACGGGUAUAUGCAGAGUUUUUGUUCGUCAUCCUGAUGAUUACUUCCUCUCUUGUUGUGGCUUUUCACGUUGCAGAAAAUAAUAGAAACGAUUCUGAAUCUCGCAUGCUCGGAUGUGUGUCAGGUCAGUUAAGAGAAGACAUCCUUAUGCACACUGGCCGUCAGUUAGUGAGAGAACUAGAAUUUCUGAAGCAGCUUCCAAGUUCUCUGUUGGUGCAAAUCGCUUUCAAACUAAGAAUCGUCAUAUAUAUCGCUGGGGAUAUCAUAUUCAAGAUCAAUACUGUGGGCGAUUGCCUCUACUUCAUUGACAGAGGAACAGUAGCUAUUUACUCUGAAUCAGGCAAGGAGAUCUGUCACCUCGAAGACGGCGAUUUCUUCGGGGAAAUAGCAUUGGUAAUGAAACAUCAUUUUAGAACUGCAUCAGCUAUAGCAGUAACUAACUGUGAGUUGUUUAGACUGGAUAGGGAACAUUUUGAAACGACUAUAGCGUAUUAUCCGACUGUUUACAAUAGUAUAAAGGAGGUUGCAACUAGCAGGUUUGACAGAACUAGUGUGCUGGAUGAGCACCACAAAGCUGAACUGAGGACCGCUGAAGAGGACAAUAUGGUUGCUUGA